AUGCAUGACAUGACAAACCAUCAGGAAUCCCUCGGAAGAGUCAAUCAUAAGUUACCAGGCAUUUUUAUCAGAGAAGAGGGCGCUCCCGCUGCUGCAGCCGCCGCAAUCACCAAUGUUGCCUACAUCAUCGCACCACCGAAUGCCACGGAUGGAGAGGUGAAGCAAGAGCAACAACAAGCUUUCAAAAGGGACGCAAACCAUGCAGCUCACUGUUCGUACUUCCGAUGGUUCACCGCUCAUAAAAUUCCGCACGUAGAUUCAAUUAUAUUAACUCAUGAACAUGCCGAUGCUGUUCUCGGUUUGGAUGAUGUACGCACUGUGCAACCUUUUAGUCCAACAAAUGACAUCGAGCCAACUCCCAUUUACCUCACCGAAUAUGCAAUGGAGAGCAUUGCAGUGAAAUUCCCAUACUUGGUUCAGAAAAAACUCAAGCCUGGCCAGGAAAUUAGACGUGUAGCACAACUUGACUGGAAAAUUAUAGAGAACGAUUGCAAUAAGCCAUUUGUGGUAUCUGGGCUACGAAUUGUUCCCUUGCCGGUGAUGCAUGGCGAAGACUAUGUAUGCUUGGGUUUUCAGUUUGGCGAAAGAUAUAAAGUAGCGUAUAUAUCAGACAUUUCACGAUUUCUUGAACCCACUGAAAACUAUAUUUCGAAAGAUGGUUGUCAACAGUUAGAUCUCCUUAUUUUGGACACACUAUACAAGAAAGGAUCCCACAACACUCACUUCUGCUUCCCUCAGACUCUUGAUGCUGUGAAGAGGAUAUGCCCAAAGAGAGCUUUGCUUAUCGGAAUGACACAUGAGUUUGAUCACCACAAAGACAACGAAUUUCUCAAGGACUGGUCCCAAAGGGAAGGAAUACCAGUUGAGCUUGCGUAUGACGGGCUGCGAAUUUCUGUAGACCUUUGAUGAUGAGGUUAAAAACAUGGGCUAUAUUUGUAAACAGUUGAUAUUUAUUGGUUCUUCUUCCCCAUUAUUGAAAAGGGGAAUAUAGUUUCCCAAGUUUUAUUCCCUAAUCCUUGCUAUUUUACUAUGUUAUGUUACAAAUCCUCCCUUUGAUGUUUGUUUAUUUCAUGAUGUUUGAUUAAUGCAUGUCUAAAUCAGCUUGUAUUCUGUCAAAAUUGGUUUUUAGUAUUACUACUCUAUUGCCCAA